AUGGACUAUUCCGACUAUUCGUCGCAGCGCGUCCUGCACACGGGAUCGUUUACGGGAUUCCAUCGCCUGGGAUCACUCGGCAGUCACUACCUUUCCGCGACCGACCAUAUCAAGCAGCCGCUAUGCGGCAACGAAGAGGGAUGGGGCCCAUUGAGUCCGAUCCGUUACGACUUCACACCCUGCUUCAUUGAUGUUUGGAUAGCUUCAGUAGCAGUAUUUGGUGUUGUCUUUGGAACUCUCGCUAUAUCGUGGCUUCUCUUGCGCAAGAGACCGUCUGAUGCUCCCAAAGACUGGCAUUUUUGGGCAAAGCAGACACUACUCGGACUUAUCAUCGCCGAUGUCGUCGUGCAACUCGUAAUUCAAAUAAUCAACUACCCCGGAAUCUGGUUCGGUGACUUCAGGUUUUGGACCACAGUUGUCACCAUCCUUUCCCUCGGUAUCAUAUUCGCUAUCCAGUGGCUCGAACAUGCGCGGCUGCGAAACGCGAACGGUGUUGUCCUGUUCUACUGGCUUUUCCUCUUAAUCGCUUUCGCCGUCAAGUUCCGAUCCCUCAUCUCCCAGCAGCUGUACGUUAAGAACCAAGCCUACUUCAUCACUUAUACUGUCGGCUUUGGACUUUCCAUUGUAGAGUUCUUGCUCGAGUGGUUGUGGCCGAGGAAAGUGAGCGCAUACGAAGCUUUGAUCGACGAAGAGGAAUGCCCGGUUGAGUAUGCGACCGUAUUCUCCCUCUUGACUUUCUCGUGGAUGACCCCUUUGAUGCGCUAUGGAUACAAGCAAUAUCUCACCGAAGAUGAUCUUUGGGGACUCGCUAAGAAGGAUCAAACGAAGAACACUGGAGAUGCCUUCCAAGAUGCCUGGGAAUACGAGUUGAAGCACCGCAAGAACCCUUCGCUGUGGCUUGCCAUGUUCCGAGCCUACGGCGGCCCCUACGCGGUGGCAGCGCUGUUCAAGAUUGUCAACGACGUUACCCAGUAUAUUCAGCCGCAGUUACUCAAGCUCCUCAUCGCCUUUGUAGCCUCGUACGAACCGAAGAACGGCAAAGAGGAGCAGCCUGUUAUCUGGGGUGCUACGAUUGCACUGGCUAUGUUCGCAUGUGCCACACUUCAAACUGCCAUGAUUCACCAAUACUUCCAACUCGCAUUCGUCACCGGUAUGCGUAUCAAGGGUGGCUUGGCAUCUGCUAUUUACAAGAAGUCCAUGAAACUGUCGAACGAGGGCCGGUCCUCUAAGACGACAGGUGACAUUGUCAACUACAUGGCUGUUGAUGCCCAGCGUCUGCAGGAUUUGACUCAGUUCGCCCAGCAAGUUUGGUCUGCCCCAUUCCAAAUCAUCAUCUGCAUGGUUUCUUUGUAUCGAUUGGUUGGUUGGUCCAUGCUUGCUGGCAUUGGUGUUAUGAUCAUCAUGAUGCCCGCUCAUGGCUUCAUCGCCAGACUUAUGAGAAACCUGCAGAAGGAGCAGAUGAAAAACAAGGAUAAGCGCAGCCGGCUAAUCAACGAAAUCAUCAACAACAUGAAGAGCAUCAAGCUUUACGCUUGGGGGGCUCCCUUCAUGAACAAGCUGAACUUCGUUCGAAAUGACCUCGAGCUGAAGAACCUGCGCAAGAUCGGAGCGACGCAAGCUUUCGCCAACUUUACGUGGAGUACUGCUCCAUUCUUUGUGUCUUGCUCAACCUUCACCGUGUUCGUUUUGACUCAGGACAAGCCUCUGACGACUGAAAUUGUCUUCCCCGCGCUCACGCUCUUCAACCUGCUCACAUUCCCUCUGGCUGUCCUUCCGAUGGUUAUUACCUCUAUCGUUGAAGCCAGUGUUGCUGUCGGCCGUCUGACUUCUUUCCUCGUAGCCGAGGAGAUCCAGCCUGACGCGAUUACGAUCAAGCCUGCCCCUGAAGAAAUGGGAGAGGAGACUGUCAUCAUUCGUGAAGGAACAUUUUCCUGGAACCGUCAUGAGAGUAAAGAGGUCCUCAGGGAGAUCGAUUUCACCGCUUACAAGGGCGAACUUUCUUGCAUUGUUGGUAGGGUUGGCGCUGGCAAGUCUUCCUUCCUUCAGAGCAUCUUGGGCGAUCUUUGGAAAGUAAAGGGCGAAGUACAGGUCCAUGGAACAGUGGCAUACGCAUCCCAAAGUGCUUGGAUUCUGAAUGCCACUGUCAAGGAAAACAUUGUUUUCGGCUACCGUUUCGAUCCUGAUUUCUACGAAAAAACUGUCAAGGCCUGCGCCCUCAUCGACGACUUUGCCCAACUCCCUGAUGGCGAUGAGACAGUUGUAGGAGAGAGAGGCAUUUCUUUGAGUGGUGGGCAAAAGGCACGUGUGGCUUUGGCCAGAGCGGUAUAUGCCAGAGCGGAUAUCUAUCUCUUCGACGACGUCUUGUCUGCGGUGGAUUCCCACGUGGGACGACACAUCAUUGAGAACGUACUCGGCCCCAGAGGUCUUCUCAGUACCAAGACCCGUAUUCUCGCGACCAACGCUAUCGCCGUCCUGACAGAAGCAAGCUACAUUACCAUGCUCAGAGACGGCGAAAUAGCCGAGCGGGGAACGUACAAGCAGCUUGUGGCAAUGAAGGGUAUGGUUAACGACCUUAUUAAAACUGCUGGACAAGAAUCAGGUUCCUCCUCAUCAGCCAGCUCAAGCAGUUCCAGUAGUGAGACGUCUACUGUUAUUGAAGCUGAGGGUAGCAGUCAAGAAAAGAAUGAAUUGGAAGAGGCUCAAGAGCGUCUGCCUGAGAUGGAACCCAUCAAGACUGGUGCCGCCAUGAAAAACAAGCAGCGAUCCUCAAGCAUGGCAACACUUCGCCGCGCAAGCACUGCUAGUUUCAGAGGACCCCGUGGCAAGCUCACCGAUGAGGAAAUCGCUGGCAGCAAGACCAAGCAGGCCAAAGAGCAUUCUGAACAAGGAAAGGUUAAGUGGGAAGUCUACCUUGAAUAUGCCAAGAACAGCAACACUGUGGCCGUCGUCAUCUAUCUUCUCACUCUUAUUGCCUCUCAAACAGCAAACAUCGGUGCCAACGCUUGGCUCAAGACUUGGGCCGAUGCCAAUUCAAAGACUGGCAAAAACCUCAACGUUGGCAUGUACAUUGGAAUUUAUUUCGCCUUUGGCAUUGGGUCCUCGCUCUUGACCGUCGUACAGACGCUCAUCUUGUGGAUCUUCUGUUCCAUUGAGGCAUCGCGAAAGUUGCACGAGAGAAUGGCCAACGCUAUCUUUAGGUCCCCCAUGUCAUUUUUCGAUGUGACGCCUACUGGUCGCAUUCUGAACCGAUUCUCCAGGUUUGACACCUGCAUUAUAUCUAGUUCCGCAAACCAGACACUAACUAGCCUGCAGUGA